AAGUUUGUUUUUCUCUAAUAACUUAUACUACAGAUUGUCGUCAUGUGAUAAGAAUUCAGCUUUGGCGUUGUUUAGUCAAGAGGAAUUGUUGUCUGUAGAGAAACGGUGGGAAUGGUGAGCUUACAACAGCAAGAAGCUAGAUGAACAGGAAUAAUGGCGGGGACAGACCAUGGUGAAGUGUUGACCAAGUUUGACGAAAUAUUCGGGAAAGUUGUUGAGCAUGAAGUCAUCAAAAUGGUACUUCAGUCUUGUGACUGGGAAUCUAAACGUGCAUCAGAACUGUUACUGGCAAUGAUAGAUGAAAAUGACCUGCCUGCUUAUGUACGGAAUGCGUUAGCUGCUGAUUCUUUUGUGCAGGACAGUUGCAGGAAGUUUCAUAGUAAUUUCCCAGACAAUGACAGUGAACUGCAAAAAGAUUCUAAAGACCUGCUAAAGUUUAAUGGUGAUCAUAUUGACAAAAAUUCAGAUUAUCAGUCUAAUAAACUUGUAAGGCAGGAAACGAAUGGUGAUGAAGUAAAUUUUGUGACACCACCUUUAGUUCCUGACAUUGUUCACCAUGAAAGUACUUACAAUGGAAUGACUGACAUACAUGAAGAUUUUUUCAAAAGAAGUGAGAGAGAAAUGUGUCCUGCAUCACCCCACAGUAGUUAUGGAGGCAUGGAGAGCGAGUGUUCCUCACCCUCGCAGUCUCCACUCAAACUUGCUUCAUUGGGAGUUGAUUAUGAGGUAAAUCGAGAGCGAAAUACUUCUCAGUGGGUCUUGGCACCAGAAUUUGUGCCUAAUGCCUUAACCCUAAAUUCAUCAGCCAACAGUAAUGGCAUAUGGCCUCUAGGGAUGUGCCGCAGCUUAGUGCAGGCUCCUCAGCUAUCAUCUCUGCACUCAACAGAUAAACCCAAACCCAAAGAAAAAAUUUGUAAAAAAAAUGAAAUUGUUAAGAAGAUUUUACAAGGUCAGAAAGUUAUGAUUUUAAUGAGGGGUUUACCUGGCUCUGGCAAAACAACAUUGGCCAAGGAAAUAAAAGGUAGGACUGGAGUUAUUCUUUCCACGGAUGACUUUUUUUGUGAUAAACGCGGGAAGUAUAAUUACGACCCGUCCCGUAUUAAUGAAGCACAUCAGUGGAAUAAACACAGAGCUCUCCAGAAACUACAGGAUGGCAAAACUCCAAUAAUAAUUGACAACACAAACUUACAAAUGUGGGAAAUGAAGCCUUAUGUUAAACUUGGCCUUCAGUAUGGUUAUGAAGUGGAUAUUUUAGAUGCAGAAACUCCUUGGAAGCUGAAUGCAAAAGAACUUGCUAGAAAAAAUAUACAUGGUGUACCCAAGGGUAAAAUUACAGAGAUGAAAGGAAGAUAUGAUAAAGAUAUAAAGAUUGAACACAUUAUCACUUCCUUGCGGGGCUUUCAGGCAUUUAAUCAAAACAGCAGAAAUGACAGAGAAUUUUUUAGUUCUGACAUACAGACAAAGGAAGAUAAACCUACUGUUCCAUCCCAAAGCAUUAAAGUCAGACAACUGAUUGACAUUUCAUUGUUAGAUCCUCCUCAAGAAAAUUGGAUUUCUAUUGACGAUAGCGAUGAUGAUGCUGAUGUAGUAGUUGAAGGAUAUGAUUCUGAUUCUGAAGUGGAAGAGGAAGGUGUCAUGAAUUUAAGUUGUGUUUUUGAUGGAGGAAAAAUUGUACAGGAAGCUAGAAAUAACAAUGAUACCUGUACAUCUCCUGCCUUAAAGGAAAAAAUGACAGAUGAAGUACAAGCAGAUGGUGAGGUAAAGCAUGAAAAAGGAGGUAGUGAAGAAGGAAUUGGCUCUCCUAUUUGGAUAGAUGACAAACUUGAUAAAAUAUUGAGCCACAGUAGAGAUGAUGACAAAAUAGAACUUCCUGAGAACAAGAGUAUGGGUCGCGAGCUAAAGGUAACUUGUGAACUGGAAUGGGGAGACAUAUCAGAUGAAGAUAAAAUAAAAAUAUUAAUUGAAGAAGCAAAUACUGAUGUUGAUAUUGUACAAAAUGAGACAGAUUGGUUCAAUUUGACUUCACAGGAUACCGAUGAAGAGGCAGUAAGUGACCAGAAGUUUAGUGAUCUGGUCAUGAGUUUUGGAACUAUUGUAAAAGCAGAGAUAGAGAAAAAUGUUAGUGGGAGCACAGGAAUAGAUAAAAGCGUGGCAAGUGUUGAUACAGUAGACACUCAUGAUGAAGAUACAGCCAUGUAUGAAUUAUGUUGUAAUGUGGAAGAGAAAACUGGCAAAUCUCUCUCCAUGCUUGUAACACAAGCAGGAGAAAAUGAAGAGCACAAUUUUUUGCUUGUGGAUGGAAAUCAAGAUGAAGGGGGUGAAGCUGACAAAAGUUUAUUCUCUAUAAUAAGUUUAACAGAAGCAACAUCAAAUUUAAAGAUUAAUGAUACUGAUGAGAAUAUUUCCAGUAGGAUAACAAGAGAUCCUGUUGAAGAUCAUACCAAACUUGAUGCCUUGAUUGAUGGAAAAGAUUCUGUACAUACCAGUAAUACUGAAGCAUUACUUGUCACUGGAGAGAUAGAUAUGUCAGAACAAGAUCAGGUUGAUUCCAGGCAGAUGUGUGUUUCAUCUAGCUCAGAGGUUGAAUGUCAAGAAAAAUUAGGAGACGAACCUUCAGAGUGCUGGAAAGAAGAGACUCGAGAAGACAAGAGUACUGAGAUGUCUACAGAAGAUAAAGUUUUGGAAACAGGCAACACAGAGUUUUAUAAUGAAUAUACGCCAUCCACUAUUAACAGAGAUCCUCCACAGGACACUAGGGAUCACCAGCCAGAUGCAGAUAGUUUAAUGUCCUGGGAUUGUGUGGAUGUAACAGAAGGAGUAAGCUCUGGGGAUUGGGAUUCUUCUAAAAAAGUUGAGGUCAGUGACUUGGAGGCACAGUCCUCUAAGCCCAGUAGAACCAGACGUAAGCGAGCACCUGGAGAUCCAACUAAAUGGCUCGGUGAUACAAAUGAAAAGGCUGACAUUAUAGAAGAUCCAACUAUUGCUUCUUGGAAUCCCGUUCAGAGUGGUACACCCUCAUGGAACACUACUUCACCUCAUUCCACCAGUCCAUCAAAGAGAGGGACUAAAGAGUUACACUCUAACAUUUCUCUAGAACUACAGCCUCAUACUGGUGCAGUAUCUAAGUUCAGGAAACGGCGACGACAUACUCGAAGUCACUCGGCAGCCAGUACUAGUUCAAGUCAUUCAGACGAGCAGGCAGCAUCUGAUGCAACAAAUGCUUUGCUAAAUGAAGAAAAGAUCCUAUGUGAUGCCAAGAAGACUGUGCAAAUUAAAUCUUCCACUGCAGAAACUCAAACGCUGUCCAUUGACUUUGAGGCUUUACAAUUAGAUAAUAAUCUCUAUGAGUUGAAGGUACUGUAUGGUCAACCAGAUUAUGUCACAAAGACAACCAUUGAAGUUUUACCUGAAAAUGGACCUUUAACCCGGGGAAAACUUUGCCUAGAUAAAAGUAGCAUGACAGAAAGCAACUUGGAUGUCACCAUGGUAGAAUCCUUUCAAAAUCUUGUUGCAUUCUUUCCACACAUUCCACAGGAUGAUCUUCGAGAUGUAUUAGAAAAAUGCAAAUAUAAUUUAGACUGGGCUAUGAAUGUGUUGCUGGACAGUGGGUAUGAAAUGUCAGAUCCCACUGAUACAAAUAUAAGUCCUGCAGAAAUUAAGGAACUAGACUUAGACACAGAGUCAACAGGGGACACAGCAAGUACUGGAGAGGGUAGGAAUGACCAGUCUUCAUUUGCUGAUGCUAGUGACAUGUCUCUAGAUAUGCAUUUGGAAGAUAGAUCUAAAAAAAUAAGGCAGAGCCAGAAACUAAAAGAUUUGGAAAAUAAGAAGGCAAUUGAAAAUGCUUUUACUUUUCCAGAAUCUGUGGAUGACAGAGUAACAAGAUUAACUGGUAGUGAUUUCAAUGAUCUCAACAUGAAAAAAGUUAAACAGAUGAAAGCAAGGAAGAAACAAGGAGGAAAGAAAAAUACACCAGACAAAAAGGUACAAUCUUCAGGUAGCAGCACCAAUGGUGAGGGUGGAGAAGGAGCCCAAUAUGUGACAUUGGUAAUGGACUCCCUGUUUGCCUCUCAGCUUAUUAGAAUGUUUGGUCCUGUGGGCUCUUGUGAAGUUAGUGGAGAGUUGUCGCUAGAAGACCGCAGUGUUAUCCUCCCUCUAGAAAUUUGUCUCAUGAUUCAUAAAAACUGGGCAUCUACCCUUGAUGGCAAAUUUGAGCAUGAGGCAGAGGUCUUAGACACCCUUAUCCGUGAAGAUGAAAUUCUUGCACGGCGUUUGCAGGAGGAAGAAAACUCCGAGGCAGGAACAAGAAAUGGAAAGAAAACAGAGAAGAUUGAUGAAAUAUUCCAAAAUGAUCCACCCUCUGGAUUACAAGAAAUUAUGGACCUAGAAAAAGCUCUUCAGCAAAGCCAAGUAGAUACAGUUUCUGCAGACAGUCUUUCUAUUUCCUCUUGUCUCAACUUACAGCGUUUGUAUACGGAAUAUCCUCACGUUGAUCCCGACGCACUGAAGGAGGAAUUUACAAAAAGUGACUACAAUUACAAGAAUACAGUAGAAAGACUUUGUGAUCAAUAUGGUUCAGAAAAGGGAACUCCCAAGACUGUGAUAGCCCCUGAAGCGCUGUACAGGUUUGAGCAACAGAUGAUACAACAGGCACAGCAGAAUAGUUUAGCUCAGCAAGAGGAAGAAGAGGAAUUAGCCCUACAAGAGGAUGAAGAUGAGGGAUUUCCAGAUGAUCCACAGGUAUAUCGGAAUGAAGCUCAACUGCAUUAUAAUCAGCGUCAAGAGGCGUUUAAAAAGGCACAAGAAGCAUCUAGCCAGGGAAUGAAGGCAGUGGCCGCUUAUUAUGCUCGUAUAGGAAACUUGCACUCCACGAAGUUAAUUGAGGCCAAUCAGCGGGCAUCUAAGAAAAUUUUAGAAGCGACUAAUGCAAACAGAAAGGAUGCAAAUAGUUUAGACUUACACCUUUUACAUGUUCCUGAAGCAGUAAGUGCAACUCAAGCAUUCCUGUCAGAGAGACAACGUGUACUAGCAUCUCGGGGGAUUGGACAAAUGCAAGUCUCUUUGAUAACAGGUCGAGGUGCUCAUAGUGUUGGAGGACAGGCCAGAUUAAAGCCAGCAAUUAAAGAGUUUCUUCAGAAAAGUGGUUAUUUGUUCCAUGAAGUAAAUAGGGGAAUGUUUCUGGUCACAUUGCAGUUGCAGCAGUCGUAGUAUUAAGAAAAUGUGGAUUCAUAUAUUGAUAGCAAUAACAGAGCUUAAAUCAAGUAUUUUCAUUAUCAUCGUAGGUGAUAUUUUUGACCCAGAAUAGUCGUAAAAUCAUAAUUUAAUGAAGUUCAAAGUUUUCAAUGAUGAUCAUAUAUAGUACAGUUUGACCUUCAGUAUUAGGGAAGAUUCAUGUGGCCAGUAGUACAGAUUUGGGUUUGUAUGUGGGUGAUAACAAUUUGCUUUUAUUUACUGGGAUUUUAAUAUAUGCUUGCAUUUAUUGUAUUUCCCCCAUAAGAUUAAAACAUUUCCCAUUAAUAACAAAUACAGUAUGCAAUCAGCUGCAUUAAGAUAUAUGUUAUGUACUGUAGGUAAUGCCAUACUACAUAAAUCUUCUCUUAACUGAAGGGACGUUUUGUGUUUGUCUUGAUUUUUAUAACCGUUUCAUGAAAGUAAGUUGACGGAAGUGCAGAUUAUAUUAAAAUUUUGUGACUUUACAAUACAGUAUAUUUAUUAUUAUAAUUAUUAUUAUUAUAAUUAUUAUUAUUAUUAUUAUUAUUAUUAUUAUUAUUAUUAUUAUUAUUAUUAUUAUUAUUAUUAUUAUUAUUAUUAUUAUUAUUAUUAUUAUUAUUAGAGCCAGUCUUUGCUUGCUAAUGUAGAUUGUGAGAGGUGAAAUUUUGAAAGUAAAGAGUCCCAUGGCAAUUAUGAAUUGUGAAAGGUUAGAAAUAGGAGUUGUCAAAGAGUUACAAGGAACAUGUGAAGGAAAUUGUUGUAAUGUGAAAGAGCUGUGGUGCUAUAUUGUGAUAAUGUUUAUAUACUGUAGUUGAUCACUGUUCACAGUAAUUGGCUAAGGUUUAGUAAUUUUUAAUCUAAAUAAUAUGGUUGUAGCUAUGCCUCCCUUGUUAUUUAGGUACAGUAUGUAGCUAAAAUCAAUUGUACAGGUAAUUGCUUUUAUUUUUUAAAUUAUCAUUUAAGAGUACAGUACAGUAAUUUUUUAAAGAAUAUAACUCUUCCAUUGUUUUAUGUUGUAAAGCUACUGAGAUAACAAGUAAAUGUUGAGUUUCUGGUGCAACUGCUGUGGAUUUUAGUAUUUUUUUAUUUUAAAGUACUGCUGACUUUGCUGUCCCUUAUUAUAUUGAACUGUUGGUAAGGUUCAGAAUUAUUUAAUUUUUUAUUUGUACAUAUUUGGGUGUUAAAGGCAAGCAUCAGGGGAUUGAGAGAUAUGUAAUAAUUUUUGGAGGGAAUUUCUUAAGAGAUUGUCAGAUACUAUAUUUGUUUUUAGAUGAAAUAAUGUUUCUUGUCUGGUGCAGAAAAGACAUGCAGUAUGUAUAUUAUCUGUGCAAAAAAAGUACAAACUUUCAAGAAAACUUGGAAAUUAACUUUUGUUGUACAAAUGUUAUUGAUAACAAAUUUACACUUAUUACCCUGAACCAUUCAGCAGUUGUAACAUUUUUUAAUAAGAUACUCAUUAAGAGUACAAUUAUGUUACAGUAUUUUUGUGAGAAUAAUUCUUAGGUUCCAUCAUAAACUUUUUUAAAACCAAUUGGUAAACCUCGUUCAGCCAGACAACAUGUGCUAAGGUCUUGUCUUGAUGUGAUAAUAAAAAAGAAGAAAAAAUACAGGGAGAUGCAAAAUUAUACUCUGAUAAUGAGAAGAGUGAACAAUAGAUACACUAGCACAGUAGUCAGUACAGUAGUAAUGUAAAGAAAUGUACUCUACUGUAUUGUAAAAUUUGUAAUGGCUCCUGAAGUGGGGAGAAAAACUUGCAAUUUAUCUGCUCUUUUAGUUAUUGUAGAGCUUAUCAUUUGCAGCACCAUCAUCAUACAUUACUACACACAUCAAUUUAACAUUACCUAAGCUUUAAAGUGUUUGUUUGUUUGACACGACAUGAAUUUUUGUAUGGAAACUGGUUCGAUGGAUUUUCUAUGAUUGGUUAAACCAUUCUGAUAUAUUUUGGUAAAGCGCUGUCCAGCUGAACGAGAUUUUCCUUGACUUUGUGAUCUUUUAUAAAAUUUGUAUCCCUUAAAUAUUGAUUUCAUGCAGUUUAUUAUUUCAGUCCCCCUCCCCCCUCCUUUAUGCAUCCUGAUGGUCUUCAUCACUAAAAAAAUAGCAUAUGUGAGACAGUUGUUGGCAAACCAUCACAUCAACGUUCAUCCCUGUAGUAAUGUGAUCAUUUAUUAUUCUUCCAAUCUUUUCCUAUGUAAUGCAGGGUGGCUGGGAACACACACACACACAUAUGCACACUUACUUUACUCUUCAUUCACUUCAUUCAUUGAAUAUGACUCAUUUAGACAGGGGAGUGUGGCAGCAAGGGAAACACAAGCAGACGUUAAGGAGGUUGCACUUGACACGUGUUUCUACCUUAGUUUAAUUUAGGUUAGGUUAUGUUAUGGAUACUACAAACCAAAACAAGAAGAUUUCUGGGUUUCAUACCUUAUUGAUGACCUGUUGUUGAUCUGACUUGGAUGGUAGUUUCUAGUCAACCCAAUAAUGAUGAAACACAAACCUAAUCUGAAAAACAAUCUAAUCUAAGUACUGUAAUUGUAAUCUAACCAAAUCUAUUGUAACAACUCAACCCAUAGGUUAGGUUAGGAUUUGUUUUGUUAGGUUAGGUUAUAUUAAUGGCAGUGGUGGACGUGACACAUCCUUAAUAGAGGUUUGUUUUCUUCUCAUGCUGACAAACUCUGACACAUGAUUCAUUUUCCUUAUAGAAACUUUGGGAUGUUUCUUACGCCCUCAAAAAACUUAAUAUUUGUGCUCCAUUCUUUCUCAUAAUAGGUAAUAUCUUUGUUAGCUGGACUCCUUCUUAACUGGAACUCUCCGAGAGCCGGAAUUGAAAAUUUCUUGGAAAAUCAUUCCCAGAGCCGGAAUUUUCCAGAAAAUUCCAGCUUUGGGAAUGAUUUUCUGAUGGGCACAUUUUCUGGAAAAUUUUUAGAAAAUUUUACUGGUACCCAGAAAAUUCCAGGGAUGGGUGGAGUUUUUUACUGGGUUUGAGAGAGGAAAAUCAGGCGCAUUUUGGGGAAAUUCUGAGAAAAUUUUUGUGUUACCCGGAAAAUUCCGGGGAUGAGGGAUUUUUUUCCGGCUUUGAGAUAGUUGUCUCGUUACCCGGAAAUCUCUCAUUCCCGGAAGUGCUCUGUACCAAUUGUUCCGACUAACGAAGAUAUCACUUUAUUUAGUAUAUACCUUCUGUUUAGCUUGCACACACACACACACACACACACACACACACACUGGCAUGCCUCUAUUUUCUCUACAUUUGUUCAUAUGACCUUUCUAUUUUUGCAGAACUGCACUCAUAUUUUCAGUCACUCUUGACAUCUCCACACAUUUCUGUUUGGUAAUAGAUUACAAGUUGGGGUAACAUGUCCACACACCUCAGGACGAGAAAGAGGAGGUGUUUUAAGCCUCAUGGUGAUAACUUGCUUCUUUUCACCCCACAUCCGUCCCUCAUAGAAACCAGGCCUAUAAGCCUGCCCAAAUAUCACAGUUCAGAGUAUGUACAGUAUUUGUAGGUUGUAAGUAUGUACGUAAUUUUUUAUUCUAACCUCUUAAGUCUAUACAAUAUAUAAAAGAGACAGAUUUCUACUAAGAUGUAAGAACAUUUUUGUAAAAUCUUUUCAAUUUAGUGCUAGGGUAGAAACAUGCCUAGUUAUCAUAGGUAAAGAAAGGCUUGUGUGCUCUUUGUAUGUCUUCAUGGUUUUUAUUUUCAAUUUGGUUUCCUUUCCUGUUAUAAGGACAUAGGAAUUAUGAAUGUGUCACUGCUUUAUGAUAUACUGUCUGCUCUGAUAUGAAAAAAAGUUGUUUGAAGGCUAACUAAGAUACCAAUUGUUGAAUGAGUAUCAAUUGAUGUUCUUAACAAAAAUUCUCUUUUAUAUGAGUAAUUGUUGAGUUUGUUAUUAAAUUGACAACUUAGACAGUAUUAUUAGCAGUUGAUGAAUUCACCUGUUUACCUAUUUACAGUACAGUAUUCUCAUGUAUAGUUCUAUAUAUUUUAUUGGUUUGUUUCAUUAUUUGCAUAAUCAGUGUUUGGUAGAUUUUUGAUAUGUGAUCCAACACUGCCCCAAAUAAGGAAAAGCUCUCAAUAAAGUGGCUGGACUCUA